AUGGCGACACAGGACCCGUCGCAGGUCGCACAGCUUGUGUGCGACCUAGAAGAGGCCCGGAAGCAGGACAAGGGUAGCAAGAAGCGGAGCUACACGUGCAAAAAGUCCACCUUCACAGUCGAGGGCACUAAGGGUGUCACGGUGGACUCAUGGAAGUUUAUGGACUGGGAUUACAGGCGCCCGGAUCUGCCCACAUAUGCCCGAGGCCUGUUCACAACUCGACGGAAAGAUAACACCCCCGAGAUCGCGGUGCGCGGCUACGACAAGUUCUUUAAUGUGAACGAGACCAGCGACACAGAGUGGAGGAAUAUUGAGAACAAAACCCGAGGUCCGUACGAGCUGAGUGUGAAGGAGAACGGUUGCAUAAUCUUCAUCUCGGGCAUGGAAGACGGUAAAUUGCUGGUCUGCAGCAAGCACUCCACCGGCGUCCGCUCCGAUACCAACGUGAGCCAUGCCAAGGCUGGCGAGGGAUGGGUGGAACGGCAUGUCUCGACUGUGGGCAAGUCUUCCAAGGACCUUGCCAGGACUCUCCGCGAGAUGAAUGUCACGGCCGUUGGAGAACUUUGCGACGACAGCUUCGAGGAGCAUGUUUUGGCGUACGACGAAGCUGCCGCUGGCAUCUACAUCCAUGGCCUCAACUACAAUCAGCCUGAGUUUGCCACAAUGUCCGGAGACAAGGUACAUGAGUUUGCGGAUGCAUGGGGGUUCAAGAAGGCGAAGUACGUGACGUACGACGACAUCGAGUCUGUGAAGGAGUUCCUCGAGGGAUGCGCCGAAACAGGAACCUGGGACAACCGCGAGACUGAGGGCUUUGUGGUCCGAUGUCAGAUCAGCGACCGCGAUAGCGGCUACCGGGACUGGUUCUUCAAGUAUAAGUUCGAGGAGCCGUACUUGAUGUACCGCCAGUGGCGGGAGUGCACCAAGGCGGUUAUCUCCGGGAAACUGCCCAAGAUCAGGAAGCACGAGAAGAUCACGGAGGAGUAUCUCCAGUUCGCGCGAAGAGAAUUCAUCAGGGAUCCUAAGCUCACACAGGAAUAUAAUCACAACCACGGGAUCAUUUCGUUGCGCGAGAAGUUCCUAAAGGAACGGGGAUUGAAGGGCUCUGAUAUUAUUGCCAUGCAGGAAGACGACCACAAGGGCAAGGAGACCACUAACAACGUUGUCAUUGCGCCCGUUGCGUCCUUGGGGUGCGGAAAGACAACCGUUGCACUUGCUCUUGUGCACCUCUUUGGAUGGGCUCAUAUCCAGAACGACAACAUCCCCAAACAGAAGGCCAAGCCGAAGAAGUUUGCCUUUGAGAUUACCAAGGCCCUGGCUAUGCAUCCAGUCGUGAUCGCAGACCGAAACAACCACCAGCGCCGCGAGCGAAAGCAGCUCAUGGAAGACAUUUUCCCCGUGAUUCCUGAUACCCAAUUUGUUGCCCUCCAUUACGUCCAUGAGCCCAAGCCCGAGCUACUCCCAUCCAUCAAAGAGGUCACUCGGAAGCGAGUGCUGGAUCGUGGCGACAACCACCAGACUAUUCGCGCCGGUACUAAGAGCCGGGAAGAAAUUAUCGGCAUCAUGGACGGAUUCCUGGCCCGCUUCGAGGGCAUCAACGUAGAUCGGGAUCCGGACAUGCACUUCCAGCACGUUAUCGGCCUCGACGUCUGCGCCUCCUCCCGCCAGAACCUGGAGACCGUCGUCGCCGCUCUACAUGCUGCAUACCCCCGCCUGGUUCCAAACAUGCCUUCCCCAGACGACCUCGACGCCGCACUCGACGCCGCCAUCGCCGACUACGAAGUCAAGGAAGACCUGAGCAAGGGAUACCAGAAUGUAAACUCCAUGGACAAGAAGAACGGGCCGGCAUAUGCACCACAGGCCUCGCAGACCUGGACCAGCGGCAUGGCCCCCGCUACUCUGGCCCGUAAAAUCGAGUACUUCAGCAUCUCCGUCCCACCCUCCGACAUCACAUCCACCCUGCACGCCCUCUUCGCCAACGCAUCCCCAGAGACAGCUCGCCUCUACCACCAGCUCGUUAACUCGCGGCGCAUCCAGCCUGCCUUCCAUGUCACACUUAUCCACCGCGCCGCGAAGAAAGACCACGCCGCCGUUUGGGACCGCUUCGCGAAGCAGUACAUCGACGUCCUGACCGCGGCCCCCGUGCCCGAUGCCGUCAACAACCCGCCCAAUCUCGGCCGCGCCCAGGUGCGGCUCGAGCGGCUUGUUUGGGACCGGCGGAUCAUGGCGUUCGUCGUGCGCAUCCUGCCGGGCGAGGGCGAGGGCGCGGACCAGGUCGCGGAGGCGCUCCCGUGCGCGAACGCGAUCCCGCAUAUCACUGUUGGAACGGCCUCGCAGGAUGUCAAGCCGAAGGAGAGUAACGAUUUGCUGCAGCGGUGGCAUGAGUUUGGAUCGGGUGGGGAGACAGGCAUAUUCGAGGCGGAGGUGCCGGGGGUGAAGCUUGUUGAUGGAUCGGUCGGGUUGGCCAUGAUGCGGGGCCAGUACUGA